UAACUGGAGUUACUGGCCAAGAAUUGAAGGAUUUAACUACUUUUACAGUGUUAUGUUGCAAGGAAGGAAGAUACAGCAGAUGUUUACCAGCUGAGUGGAAUGAUGGUGAAACAGUUUCCCGCGAAUUGGUCUGCACCAUUCUUUCCGCUUACCAGCUAAAAUGUGCUCUGUUUCAUUUGAUUUUACAACUGAUUGAAAAUUAGAUUAAGAACUGGGGAACUGGCAAUUUUUAUUUGCCACCAUCUCGUAUUUUAUGUUUCUUCAACCCUAACUAUAGUGUGCACAAAGGAAGUAUAUAUUGUGAGCUACGUCAAGAUGUGAAUUGAUUUGUGUUUGGCUGAGGACCUGCCUAAACAGGAGGAAGAAGAGGAGGAAGAAGAAGAGGAGGAAGAGGAGGUGGAGGAGGAGGAGGAGGAGGAGGGGAUGGAGAUCUCAACCAGAUCAAGGGAUCUUGGUUCUGGAGAACGUACGGGUCUGAAAAGAAAACAGCUUAGCCCCCAGCCUUCUUCAAAUGGACACUCUCCGCAAGAUGAUUCAUUGAGUCCCAUUAAAAAGAAGAAAAAACCUGGUUUAGCCAAUUCUAGUAAAGAGCAGUUGACACUUAGACGUGGUCCCUUUGCUUCUAUGAAGCAGCCAUUCACCAAAGACCUUCUUCAUGUUGUACCACAGGAUGGUCGAAAUGACUUCUAUUGCUGGGUGUGCCACCGGGAGGGCCAGGUUCUGUGCUGCGAACUCUGUCCUCGUGUCUACCAUGCAAAGUGUUUAAAACUGAACGCUGAACCGGAAGGGGACUGGUUCUGUCCAGAAUGUGAGAAAAUCACGGUCGCUGAAUGUAUUGAGACUCAGAGUAAAGCUAUGACUAUGCUCACUAUAGAUCAGUUGUCUUAUCUGCUGAAAUUUGCACUACAGAAGAUGAAGCAGCCAGGAACUGAGCCCUUCCAGAAGCCAGUUUCAUUAGAACAACAUCCUGAUUAUGCUGAAUAUAUCUUUCAUCCAAUGGACAUCUGCACAUUAGAAAAGAAUGUCAAGAAGAAGAUGUAUGGUUGCACUGAGGCUUUCCUUGCUGAUGUUAAAUGGAUAUUGCAUAACUGCAUCAUAUAUAAUGGUGAUUUUUGUGUUGCAGCCAAUCACAAAUUAACAGCAACAGCUAAAGUGAUCAUAAAGAUCUGCGAGCAUGAAAUGAAUGAAAUUGAAGUUUGUCCAGAAUGCUAUUUGGCUGCAUGCCAGAAGAGAGACAACUGGUUCUGUGAGCCUUGUAGUAAUCCUCACCCACUUGUGUGGGCAAAGCUUAAAGGCUUUCCAUUUUGGCCUGCGAAAGCACUGCGGGACAAGGACGGACAGGUUGAUGCACGUUUCUUUGGGCAGCAUGACAGGGCUUGGGUUCCAAUAAAUAACUGCUACCUCAUGUCCAGAGAAAUUCCCUUUUCUGUAAAAAAGACAAAAAGCAUCUUCAACAGUGCAAUGCAAGAAAUGGAAGUAUAUGUGGAGAACAUUCGUAAGAAAUUUGGAACGUUCAAUUAUGCACCUUUUCGGUCACCAUACACUCCCAACAACCAAUUCCAGAUGCUGAAAGAUCCCCAGAACCCAGCAGCAGGAACUGCUAAGCCUGAUAAAUAUGAAAAAAUCAAACUAAACUUUGAUAUGACAGCAUCACCAAAAAUAGUUCUCAGUAAGUCCGUGUUAAUCGGUGGUCCAAGUCAGAGAAUUUCACUAACGGACACGCCCCGCUCACCAAUGAGCACCAACUCUUCGGUGCACACCGGUUCUGACCUAGAAACUGAACCUGCAGAGAAAAGCAUGAAAGCAGCCUCCAGUCACUUUAGUGCAAGUGAGGAGUCCAUGGACUUCAUUGACCGGAGCACAGCUUCUCCUGGAUCUGUGAAGACGAGUCAAGCUGGCAGUGUGUCGGGCAGCCCAAAACCCUUCUCUCCUCAGUCCUCCACUCCCAUUGCUGCUAAAUCAGAAAGGACUUUGAAAACCCCUCCUACGGGCAGCAUCCUUAACCUAAACCUUGAUCGCAGUAAAGCAGAGAUGGAUCUCAAGGAGCUGAGUGAAUCUGUGGUGCAGUCAGCUCCUGUGCUUCUCACUUCACCCAAAAAACAACCAGUCCGGAGCAGCUUCCUGCUUAAUCUCGAUAAGACCAUAGAAAGUUGUAAAGCACAGUUAGGGAUAAAUGAAAUUUCUGAAGAUGUUGAUGCAGGAGCUGAACACAGUGACUCUGAAGAUUCAGAAAAAUCAGACACCUCUGACAGUGAAUAUGCCAGUGAUGAAGGCCCAAAGCUAAAUAAUGGACAAGAAGAUAGAGAGGAAAAAGAAGGUACCAGGAGUGAAAAGGAUUUGCCUUUCGUGAAAAAGAAACUUAAACAUUUAGUGGUUCAUGGUGAAGUGAAGCAGGAGACCAGUCCAAAUUCUGUUGUGGCCAAAAAUGAGGCUUUGGGGAAGGAAAAGGCAAAUGGGGAUUCAGACAAAGAACACGCUGAGAAGAUUAAAAAUCUACAUCAAGGAGUGAAGGAGAAACUAGGAAAUAAAGAUGAGACUGAUUCUCCAACAGUGCAUUUGGGACUGGAUUCUGAUUCUGAUUCUGACAAUGAACUGGUUAUAGAUCUGGGAGAUGAAAGCAAAGAAACUGUACGAGAAGGCAAGAAGGGAGAGAAGAGCAAAAAGGAGCCAACACCAACACUGAAGGAAUCACCAGCUGCAUCGAAUGCAGAAAGUAAAGCAUCACCCACUGCAACUGUCUCCAGUCAACCAAAGGGUGAGGUUGCUUCUUCACUUCCCAGUCUCCCAAGCCAGACCCCUUCAACCAGUAUUACAACGACUGCCAGUGUGGUGUCCACAGCCACAAUUUCAGCUGUCACUGUUAGCAACAGCCCGGUUAAAAAGCAACGGCCUCUUUUGCCAAAGGAAACUGUACCAGCUGUCCAACGUGCAGUCGUGUGGAAUCCCUCAACCAAGUUUCAGACCUCUUCACAGAAGUGGCAUAUGCAGAAGGUCCAAAGGCAGCAGCAACAACAGCAAGUGCCAACGACUCAGCAGCAGCAGUCUCAGAACACAGGAACGCGGUACCAGACAAGGUUGGCUGUGAAAGCUGUGCAGCAGAAAGAGGCGACUCUGGCAACUUCAACGUCUUCCAUUACUUUGGUUACAAGCACAUCAUCUACAUCUGCGGCAGGCAGCGGUUCAGGAGUAGUGAACACGGCUUCCAGUUCGGUCUACAGCACAGACUUAACCAUAGCUACUCCAUCUGCCGAUGUUGCUGCUGAUCUUACAAAGUAUACAAAUAAGAUGAUGGAAGCAAUAAAAGGAACAAUGACUGAAAUCUACAAUGAUCUCUCCAGAAAUAGCUCUGGAAGCACGAUAGCAGAGAUUCGACGAAUGAAAAUUGAAAUUGAUAAACUGCAGUGGUUGCAUCAGCAGGAGCUUGCUGAAAUGAAGCAUAAUCUUGAGCUAACAAUGGCAGAGAUGCGCCAGAGUCUUGAGCAGGAGAAGGAUCGCAUGGUUGCCGAGAUGAAGAAACAGAUGGAGACGGAAAAGCAGCAAGCCGUGGAUGAAACCAAGAAGAAACAAUGGUGUGCAAAUUGCAGAAAGGAGGCCAUCUUCUACUGUUGCUGGAACACCAGCUACUGUGAUUACCCUUGCCAGCAGGCACACUGGCCUGAACACAUGAAGUCUUGUACUCAGUCAGCCACAGCUACUCAGCAGGAACCUGAAUCAGAAGUGAACUCUGAGGCAUUGAAUAAAAGUGCACAGCCAGCCCCUACUGUCCAACAAUCACCGUCAGAGACCAAAGCCGGCCAAAAUGAUAAGGAUCCCAGCACAGAUAAGAACAAGGAAAAUGUCACAGUCAUGCCAGUUGUGGUGAAUCCACCAGUUGGAGUAACGACUGUGCAACCUGAAGUCCAGUGCACCCAGACCACAAUGCCUGUCCAAGCCCGCAGAACCUGAAAGCCCGAGAUUUUGUCUAAGGACUUUUGAAGAAAGCAGCGUAAUGGAGCAAGACUUUGCAUGGGAAUUCAUCAGUACUGCCCUCGUUCUCCAAUCCUGAACAGACAAAUUCAUUGGUUAUCUGCUUUGUAUAUAACUAUACAGAGCUUUUGUGACACUACAUACUUGCUAGCAUUAAAAAGAAUUAAGCCAAAGUCUACAGAAGACGACCACAUCUGGCAAAUCUUUUUUUUCUUUCUAGAAUUUGUCAACUCCAUCCCCAUUGGUAUUUUCCUUUGAUGUAACUUGAUGGAAGAUUGUAGACUCUAGUUUCUGAAAAUGUAGUGAAUUGGGGAACAUAUACAGCAUGCUACAAAACAAAAAGCCUUUAGUAGUUGGACCACAGCAUAUAAUAUUUAUAUGUAGGAGUCUGUGAAAUCCAGUGAUGUAAAAGCAUGAAAUGGGGGGUGGGCAAUGUCUUGGCAUUUCUAAUGAAGGAAUACAAAAUGGGGAGGUAUGUCUCGCUGCUCAAUGUUUCUCUUCUCCCCAUGUUCACUCGUGUUUCCUCUUGGAGUGUCUGAUAUUUGAACAGAAGGAGUUUGUGUAUAUGAGAUAAUCCUUGUGUUCAGAAUGGUUCCAGUGCUUUUCUGAUGUGUAUAUUUUUGUUUUUUUAUUUUUCAUCCUGAUUUAUAUAAGCAGUUUGUACAGUUUUCAACCAGUUCUGAUGGGUAAAUGUUAAAAUAAAAAUUAGAAAAAAAAUUGACACUAUAGUAAAUUUACCAUUGUUUUUGAGAACAUACUUGCUAGCCUAACUUGUGAAACAGGAUUGCUUUUAGCAUAUGGAAGUAUUUUUUCACAUUUCUUUGUACAAAGUUUAUA